AUGGUGAAAUUAAACGGAAAAUUAUUACAUUGCACUCCUGUGCAUGCCUCCAGCGUUAGACUUCUAAAGCAGUCCGCGUCGGUGUUUCGAAAAUCGGAAACUCAACGCCUGGUGGAACGCGAAAUCAAGUUACCAGCGAACAGAGGAGGGGACUCUGUGGCUAGCUUCGUCGUUAAAGCGCCAAUUUCACUUGCGAGCGAAAAGAAAGGUGAAAUAUGGAAAAUUGUCGCGAAGACAGAAAUUGUAAGCGAUCGAUCGGAGCCAUUGGUGCUGGAGAAUGUUCCAUUAAUUACGCGGAAACCUUCAGCUAAUCAAUGGGUAGAAAACAAUAUCGCCGCGCGGCCUGGAGACGCAAGCGGAACGAAAGCGGAAUGCCACGAAUUUCGGUCGGCGUGGCGAUGGUAUCGGCGAGUUUGGAGUUUGACCGUCGGCGAGCACGGGCGAGGUAGUAUCGGGCUGGUCUGUUCUGAUAAAGGAGAAAGCCCCGAUAUUGGUCAGACAGUGGAAUGCCCGCACGUUCGCAUCGGACAACAAGAUUUCUCUCUGUACCUUAUACCAGUCUCGCCGGCCUUAUGGACCGAGGUUGCCGGAUGA